UCUGUCUCACUCCAGGAGUUUCCUCCACAGUUUGGUUUAUUUCCUUCAAGAUGUAGGAAACCAUAUCAAGAGUACGAGUCUGAUUUAUUUGGCCUGUGGUUAAAAUCUAAUAUGAAGAUAUUGCUUAAACAGAAAAUUUGCCUCCUUACAUCAAUGUAAGGUAUCUGAUUCAAUUCUCAUUGGUUGUUUAACACUGUUUAAUCAGCCUUCAGAAGCACUUUAGCUUACCCUGGUAUCUUUUCUAACUAUUGAAAGAACGUGCCUUAAAGCUAGGAUGUAAUCUCAUAUUGAUUCAUUUGGAAGCAAUUAAUUAUAACUUGGAGCAUUUUGUAUUUUCUAAGACAAUUUUUCAUUGCAAACUGUUCUAGUAUUUCUGUUUGAUAAUUUUUCAUUUGUAUCUACAUCAGUUUUAUUUAAUGGGAGUAGACAUAGCUCAAGAGCGGCUUUUGUGGUUUAUAAGGAAAUUUGGAGUACCCUCGAAAGCUUUUGCAGCUACAGCUCCUAAAACCAUUGACAAUGUCAUAUCUAGCUCAUCUCCUAGUAUUAUUUCUGAUGGACAAGGAAGAUAAGAUCAAUCUCAAAGAUGAAACCCCAUCAGGGACUUCAAGAAUUCAGUUGAGGAAGGAAAUGAACAUGAUCUUGACACCACCAGUCACAACGGAAAUCAAGGAAGAUGAUGCCUCCCAAAUUUAUUAUAUGACCUCUGAGGACAGAGAAAGGAUGUUCGGUGAGUGCUUGGGGAUGCGAUCAUGGAUUUUGAACUGCCAAGGGAAAUCACAGAAGAAGCUCAUUAAUCUAGUAGCCAGCGAGUGUUUGAAGUUAUAAGCAUGGAGAAUGGUGUAGUGCGCUACAGUGUUGAGUUUUAUAAUGAUGAACAUCUUUUGACCUCAUAUUUCAUAUAUUGAGGCCUUAAUGUCAUCUAUUUUCUCCUCAACAUCAGGGUUAUUACACUGAAGGUUUGCAUUUUUCUUUCCUUUGUUUUUUUAACUUCUCAUAAUUAAGGUGCUUUUCUUUUAGCCUUUUUAAGUUAUCUAGGAGGUAUAUUUGUGUGUGUAAUCCUCUUUAUGUAGUUCUAUAUGAUUCCAAUAAAAUAGCUCAACAUCAUUCCACCAUGUGGUUAUCUAUGUUUUAAAUCAUAGUCAACAAAUUGGAAGUUACUGGGGAUUAAGAGGUCUAGUCAAAGCUUACAUAUUCCAUGUUGUUGUUUUUCUAUUGCUGAUUUUAUCUCAGUCACGCACUGUUUGGAAUUUUGCUACCUCUGGCAUCAAUUAAAUAUAAUGCUACAGUGCUAUAAUGGUUAUGUCCAGCACACACAGAAAUUUACUACGAUAUUCAGUAUGGUGGUUUACUAAUUGAGAAUUUGCCAGAAUUUGUGGGUGGGAAAUCAAAACACCAUAUUG